AAUUCACUAGUCAAAGAAAGUGAGGUUGACGAGAUUGACCCCCCGGUAUACCCGCCCUCCUCCUACAACCACCCCUCCUCAGUCAAUCCUUUCUCUGCGAUCUCCGGUCGUAAACUCUUGACCCAUUCAAGAUGCGGCCUAUUUUGCUUUCCGGCCAUGAACGGUCCCUGAAUCAGAUCAAGUUCAACAGCGAUGGCGACCUCCUCUUCUCGGUGGCGAAGGAUAAGAUUGUGUGCGCAUGGUGGUCCGCCAACGGCGAGCGUCUCGGAACCUACCAGGGUCACCAGGGUGCCAUCUGGACUGUCGAUGUCAGCCCCAACACCGUUCUUCUUGCGACUGGAUCAGCAGACAACACCGUGCGGCUAUGGAACAUUAAGACUGGCGAAUGCGUGAAGGUGUGGGAUUUCCCGACGGCUGUGAAGCGCGUGGCAUUUUCCCCGGAUGGCAGCAAGCUGUUGGCUGUGACGGAGAAGCGUAUGGGUUACCUGGGUACCAUUGUCGUUCUCGAUAUUAAGUACGGUGACGGCAAGUUGGGCAACCUCGAGGAUCAGGCCGACGAACCGAGUUUGCGCAUUACUUGUGAGGACAGCAAGGCGACAGUCGCAGGGUGGAGCUUCCUCGCCAAGUACAUCAUUGCGGGACACGAGGAUGGCAGCGUCAGCCAGUAUGACCCGAAGACCGGUGAGCAGCUGGAGAACGUCCAGGCCCACGAGUUCGACCACCAGAUCAACGACAUCCAAUUCUCCCAAGACCGCACGUCCUUCCUUACCGCCUCGAAAGACAAGUCCGCGAAGCUUAUUUCCGCUCGCAACCUCGCCAUCAUGAAGACCUACCCCGCCGACACUCCCCUCAACUCCGCCGCUAUCACCCCGAAGAAGGACUACGUGAUUUUGGGUGGUGGUCAGGCCGCCAUGGAUGUCACAACUACCUCUGCUCGCCAGGGUAAAUUCGAGGCUCGCUUCUACCACAAGAUCUUCGAAGAUGAGAUCGGCCGUGUCCGUGGCCACUUCGGUCCCCUCAACACCAUCGACGUUCACCCCGCCGGUACUGCCUACGCCUCUGGUGGUGAGGACGGUUACGUGCGUAUCCACCACUUCGAUAAGCCGUACUUCGACUUCAUGUACGAGGUGGAGCGGGAGCAGCUGCGGAAGUAAGGGAAUGAAGAUACGACCGAAAAAGUACAGAAGAUUCGAGUCAUGCGCUUGUGUGUAUGUGUUUUAUGAUGCGAACAAGGCUCGGGACGCUUUUUUUUCCCCUACGAGUCUGGCAUAGAGAUGAGACGAUGACCUUUCGAGGCACGGUUUCUCAUUUCUUGAUUACAUGAUCAACCGGAGUUGGUACCCCCUUUGUUAUUGAUUUGGUUUAAUAAAAGAUGGCUUGCUUCACAUUCUGGGUUCGCCAGAUAUGAGUUCCUUCCGAGGUGCGUGUGGAGCCACUGUUACCCUAGGGUACCAGCGGAGGAUAUGCAUAUCACGACAUAGACAAUACGAAGCUUUUCAAAACUUCAAACA